AUGCGGUCUGCGGUGGGUGCGUGUCCGCGCAGCCGGCACCGUGUGCGGUGCAGGGCAAUUUUGACUGUGCGUGUGGCGCUGCUCGUUGUGUUGGCACUGGUUGCGGCGGCGGCGUGGGUGCCCGCGGCGCAUGCGGUGGUGUUGCGACUGCGGGGCGGUACGGUAGACAGAGCCAUCACGGUUGGCCGUGCCGUGGACACGGUGCUGAUGGACGGCGUGCAUAUGACGAACGGCGUGGCUGUGGUGUUCGACGUGCCGGCGAUGCUUCCCGGCGCGCUGCGCAUCGAACUGAGGAACUGCGUGUGCUACGGCGGUGCGCAGAUCUACGUGCGGGGCUACGGCGGCGAGCCGGCGAGUGACCGGAGCCUGGAGGUGAGCGUGAGCGGGCUGUCCGGGAGCUACUGCUCGCUUGUGUUUGUACACAACCUGCCGGCACACACGAACGUGACGGUCCGUGACUCGACGAUUGUGACGCCGGGGCCAAUGCACUACUCCCAGCUGAGCGGGCUGACGGACGCUGUGGCGUCGCCGCUUGUGCUGCACGCGACAUCGCUGUUGCAGUCGCAGCUGCGUGUGAGCAACACUGUGCUGAGGUCGUUGCACGCGGGCGGGUCGGCGGUGUACGUUGGCGGCGGCGUGAAACUGCUGUCGAGCGCGGUGGCGCUUGACGGCGUGUUGCUGGAGGCGUCGGGCGGUCCGACCGCGUCCGCGAUGCAUGUGGCGUCCUCGUCACGUCUCAGCCUGCAGAGCCACUCGGUGUUCUCCAUGACGAACGUGUCGGUUGUGAGCAGCGGCGGCGGCAUUGUGCUUGGCGAGCGCCUCGCGGUGUCCGACUCGGUGCUGCGCUUUGUGGGCGUCGAGGGGUCUGUCGCGUCGUCGCUGGUGCGCUGCGACGGUGGAACGAUCGGUGCCGGCGGGUGGCUGGACAUGCACGACGUGUGGGCGGUGGGCGAGGCGUCGUCUGUGGCGUUGCUGUCGGGUGUGACGCUGAGCGGCGGCGCCGUGUCGAUUGCGCGCUGCGCUGCCACUGGUGCGACGCUUGUCGCCGGGCUGACGAUCACGAGCGGCGCCGUGUCGGUGCAGUGCAACCGUGCCGGCGGCCGGGUGCUGCGGAGCAGUGGCGACUACCGUUCGGCCGGUCUGCCCUCCGUGAGCGUGGUGCCGUGCGACGGCUGUGCGGCCGCGCUGGCGUGCUUUGAUGCGCUGACGGCGUCGUUCUCCGACUGCGUGUGCAGCUGCCGUGCCGGCGGUGUGGGUGAGGAGUGCCUGCCGUUCGACGUGCCGCCUGCGAGGGCCGGCGGCGGUGGUGGCGAUACUGCGCAGGAUUGCAUGAGUGGCGUGACGCUGACGGAGUCGGUGACGGUUGGCGGCGUGCGUGCGACGGCGUGCUUCGACUCGGUGGUGUUCAGCGGGCCGAUCACUGUGGCGGUGGACCUGCGCUUGAUGGACGCGUUUGCUGACGCACUGAACGUGACGCUGCGCCACUGCGUGCUUGUGGGCGGCGCGCAGCUGCGGAUUGGCGGCCUCAGCGAGAGCACGGCGCGUCUGGUGCCGUACGCCCUCGUCAGCAUGACGAAUGUAACGUCGAUGGAGGGCACGAUCGUGCUGCAUGGCGCGAUGCCGCCGAACUCGAGUAUGCUGCUGGCGAACUCAACGCUGCGCGCGACGGUUGGCGGGUCGCAGUACGUGCCGACGACACCUGGCCACGCGGGAUCCCGGUACGGCCCCGCGCUUGUCCUGGACGGCGUCCGGCUGCUGUCGACGCGGUUUGUCAUGACGCGGUCGACUAUGGCGUGUGGCGGGGGUUCGUGCGCUGCGAUCCUCGUGGAGCGCGGUCUCGGCGCCAACCUGUCCAGCGUAUUCUACAUGGACAGCUGCGUUGUCAGGUCGAAGACGCACGUGAUGUACGCUCUUGCGUCGGACCUGCGUGUUUGCGGCGGCUCCGUGUUCUCCAUACAGAACAGCUCGUGGAGUGCGCCGAGCACCGAAUAUGGCAAGGGCGCGUGUGUGUUCAAGGAUGUUGUUUUAGAUGGCGGCAGCGUGCUGCAGAUUGUGUCCGGCAUUUUCCGUCUCGGCUUCGCCAUGCUCAUUGCAAACACGCUGACCGUGGCUGACGGCAGCUGGCUGGUGCACCGCGACAACGAGUUCCGAACCGCCUACGUUGUGUACGUGGCCAACGAUAACGGCGUGGCGUUCCGCGAUCGGAGUGUGUGGUCGAUACUUUACAACAACUUCACGUAUGGCUCGUACUCGUCGACCAUCGCACGCAUGACAAGCAACUGGUCACCACCAUCCGACUCGCACCCGACCAUCUACGGCGUGUGCAACGAGGCAAGGGGCUCUCCUGUGACGGAUUAUAGAGUCGACCUGAAUAUUGGACCACCCGUGACGGUAUUGGACUGCGGCGCGUGCACUGUGGACGCCGUGUGCUUCGCAGCGAAGACGAGCAGCAUCAGCGGCUGUGAGUGCGUGUGUGCUGCUGGCGGCUACGGUGACACGUGUCUGCCAGCUGCUGUUCCGGACGGCCUUGGACCGUUACUGCUCCCCGAUGCGAGGGACACGGAGGUCCGCUGCGUGCACGGUGGCAGCAUCAGCUCCGUGGACUAUCCUGAUCCCGGUGUGCGUGGUCUGUGCUUUGUCAACGUGACCUUUACCGCCGCGAUUGUGCUGGACCUGUCGUAUUUUGACGCGCCACAGCAGACACUCAACAUCACGCUGUUACAUUGCGUCCUCGUGGGCCUGUCGAUCAAGGGGAGUGGUGCGCGCGUGCACGUGAGCGUGGUCUCCUCGAUGAUGGAUUCCGGAGUGUUGGUGUUUCAGGGUGAUUUUGGCGUGAGCUCCCAAAUACUGGUGGUUGGCAGUACGAUUGUGACGAUGUCGGGCCAUGCCAUUUUAUUUGUGAAGUUUACUCUCAGUGCGAAUAUGACGCUGCUGCUGCUCGACAACUACAUCGAGGGGAGCUGGUACGCAAUUUAUUUCUCCGCUGCUGUUGUUGUUGAUGGCGGCGGGAUUAUUUUGAAAGGAAAUACGCUGAGCGCAACGAAGGAUGAUGACGGUGUGGAAUCAUCUGUUUACGUUUACGCUGUUGAUGUGAAGAACGGCGGCUUCAUUGACGUGGAGAACAACACGAUGAGCGCGGUCAAUGGCGUUAUUCUUUUUGGGGAUAACACCGUGAGCUCCGCGGGGCUGCUGCGAGUGGCGGACUGCACCUUCGUUGGCGGGACGGAAACUUUUGAUCCCGCGCUGUUGCAUUUGUCUGGCUCGGUGACCCUCGAGGGAGGUGCGCAGUGGCGUGUGGAGGGCAACAGCGUGGGUGCAGCCUCAGUAUUAUCUAUUCUGUAUCCCCAGUACAAAAUUCAGCUGUCGGGCAGCGGCACCACCGUGGUGCUUUCACACAACCGUCAGGUGGGCGGAAACACUGUCUUUGCCAAGCUUCUUCCACCGAACACGAUUGUUGCGUUACCCGCGCGGUUUGUGGUGGGGUGCAACCUGAAGGGUAAUGAGGAGUUGUUGUACGACGGUUUGUUUCCGGAGGAAGUGGUGCUUUUCAGGUGUGGCACGUGCAACGACGACGCGGCGUGCUACAUGCCCGGGACGGAGUCGGUGGACCGCGGCUCGUGCUCGUGCAGCUGCAAGGACGGAUGGCAUGGCGCGUCGUGUCUUCCCCUCGAGGUGCCCAACACGGUUGUGCCGCCCGUAGCGGAGAGAGCCGUCGACGGCGACACGAGCUGCGUGGUGAACCAGACGCUGACGGACCUCACGAUUAACAUGUGGAAUACGCACCACUGCUACGUGGGUGUGACAUUCAGCGGCGUGGGUGCCGUGUUGACGUUCUUCUUCAACAGUAUGCCGCUGCAUCUCCCCAUCAACAUCACGCUCACUGGGUGCACAUUCCUUGACGGAGCCGCGCUGCAGUUUGUUGGGGGUGCUGGGGCGACCGAGUCAUCCGGCAUCCUGAUCCGCGUGAGCCAGACGGUAUUGCGGUCCUCCGCCGUUGCUUUUUUACGUGCCCUCCCGCAGCACUGCGACAUCGCCGUCACGGAGGUUGACGCGGUGCAAUCCUUCGAGUUUGAAUUAUCGGGUACUGUGAACAACAUGUGGAGCGUGUUUUUGCUGGGAAACGUUGUGUUGAGAGCGUCGACGCUGUUGGUCAGCAACGUCAAGGCGUAUACAACUAGGCGUGAUGCACUUGGCUUUUCCUCGAUCGGGACGCUGACGCUGGUGGGUGGCAGCUCGCUGUACUUGCGGUACUGCAGCUUUGAGGGCUACAAAUACCUGUUCUACGUGCACAGUCUCAGUGUGAGUGACAACUCCGUUUUUGCGCUGCUCAACAAUACGAUGUUAUUCGGAGUAAGCCUGCUGUAUCAGCACCAAGGAUUCAGCGUGUCGGAUCACAGCGUGUUGCGCGUGGUGGGGAACAGCGGCUCAGCUCGCUACGCCAUCUGUAACGAUGAAUUGUGGACUGUUCAGCGGUCAAGCUGGCUGGAUUGGCGCGACAACGACGUGGAGGUGGGUGCGAUGUUCUACGACAGUAGCUCCGCUUUUGUGAGCAUUGACGACAGCAGUGCGGUAACGUUGACUGGCUGCAAGAUGGGCUCGACGGGGUUGUCGGUAUCCCUGCUAUCGCGGGUUGACGCCGGCUACCGGUUCGUUGCUGGGUGUCUGACGGUCGCGGGACGGGAGGUGACGACGGCGGCAGAACUGGCGCUCCACGGCAUCACCAACGUGACGACGGUUUUCGCGUGCGGUGAGUGCACGAGGGACGGCGACUGCUUUGCUCCGCUGACGACGGCGGUCAGCGACUGCAAGUGCCAGUGCGCUGCUGGAGGGCACGGCGAUGUGUGUGUCCCUGCGCCUGUGCCUGCUGGCCCGCCGCCACCGCCGUCGCCGCCACUGCCGCCCACACCGCCGCCACCGCCGGUUGGUGAGUGCAUCAGCGACAUGGUGUACCCCGAGGUUGCGCAGUCUGUGGGCAGCGGGCUGUCGUGGCUGUGCUACCGCAACGUGACGUUCAGCGGGGGCGGCAUGAGCCUGACGGUGCUGGUUGGGGCGAUGACGGGCGACGUGGUGAAAAUCACGUUCGAUGGAUGCACGUGGAGGGACGGCGCCGUGCUGUUGCUGUUGGGCAACGCGCACGCCACUGUGGGGUCGCUGCACAUCGUCGUCACUGGCAGCACCUUUAGUGACGCGCUGCUCAGUCCGGAGGGUGGGUUUCCACCGCACACGAACAUCACGAUCAGCGGGAACCGCUUCACUGUCACGAGGCUGAUUCCUCGGUCGGGAUUGGACAUAUGGAUCCCGUCGUGCGUUGCGAUGAAUGGAAUGGUGAUCGCCAAUGACUCCGCGGUGGUGCUCAGUGGCAAUGUGUUUCAGACCGUGACGGCAUCGUCAAUCGCAAUUUACGUUGUCAGAUCUGCGCUGAGGGUGUCUUGGCACUCCGUGUUUGCGGUGGUGGGCAACACGUUUCAUAUGGACGGCGGUGGCAGUACGCUGAUAAAUAUUGAGGGUUUUAGCCAGUCCUUGUCGCUGAGUGUACUGAACAGCUCUGCCGUGGUGGUCCGGGGCAAUCUUGUGACGAGACCCGUGAGGUACUUUUUAUUACUAAUUUUGGCAUUACGUGUGGAGUCU